GGCCUCUCUCCCUCAAAGGGCCCGCCCCUCCCGGCGCUUCUUCCGGGUGGGGCCCCGGGCGGAGGAGAUGGCUCCCUGGGCGCUCCUCAGCCCUGGGGUCCUGGUGCGGAGCGGGCAUACUGUGCUGACCUGGGGGAUCACGCUGGUGCUCUUCCUGCACGAUACCGCACUGCGGCAGUGGGAAGAGCAGGGGGAGCUACUCCUGCCCCUUACCUUCCUGCUCCUCGUGCUGGGUUCCCUGCUGCUCUACCUGGCCGUGUCGCUCAUGGACCCGGGCUAUGUGAAUGUCCAGCCCCAGCCGCAGGAGGAGGUCAAGGAGGAGCAGACAGCCAUGGUUCCUCAAGCCAUCCCCCUUCGGCGCUGCAGAUACUGCCUGGUGCUGCAGCCCCUGCGGGCCCGGCACUGCCGUGAGUGCCGUCGCUGCGUCCGCCGCUACGACCACCACUGCCCCUGGAUGGAGAACUGCGUGGGGGAGCGCAACCACCCGCUCUUCGUGGCCUACCUGGCGCUGCAGCUGGUGGUGCUUCUGUGGGGCCUGUACCUGGCAUGGUCUGGCCUCCAUUUCUUCCAGCCCUGGGGGCUCUGGCUGCGGUCCAGCGGGCUGCUGUUGGCCACCUUCCUGCUGCUCUCCCUCUUCUCUUUGGUGGCGGGCCUGCUCCUCGCCUCGCACCUCUACCUGGUGGCCAGCAACACCACCACCUGGGAGUUCAUCUCCUCGCACCGCAUCGCCUACCUCCGCCAGCGCCCCGGCAACCCCUUCGACCGCGGCCUGACCCGCAACCUGGCCCACUUCUUCUGCGGAUGGCCCUCAGGGUCCUGGGAGACCCUGUGGGCCGAGGGGGAGGAGGAGGGGGAGGAGGGCAGCAGCCAGGCGGUGUAGGGUUGCUGGAGGCAAGGCCACCAUCUUGUGCCUGAAAACCAGAGGGGCUGCCCCCAGCUGGGGUCGGCGUUCGGAGGGCCUGGGGUUCUUCACUCCCCCCCGCUCCUCCCAGGCCUCAGAGCAGAGCUGAAAUGACAGAGCUCCUGCCACAGUAGGCAGUCCUGCCCUCUGAAGGAAGGAGAGGAGGCAGAGGACCCGUGGGGGGCUCGGGCACAAGCAGCCUGGGCUUCCGAGACCCCCCACCCCGCCCCCCAAAGCCAGGAUGCCUCCAUUGCACAGUUUUAUAAGUUUAAUCAUCCGUAAAGCAAAUCAAAUAUUAAAAAACCAAACCAAA